CUCUUCCGGUGUGUUGUAGUGGUUAGCAAAAUAGUCCAAACUGAAAAUGUACAAACUUAACUUACGUCUAUGUAGAAACAACUUGUUUUUCAGAUAGCUAUUAGCUCGAUAGCGACACACGAAGUCUAGGGUAGCUAACUGUUUGUUGUCAUUUUGAGAUUAACUCGUCAUUCUACGACAACUUCACUAACGUAAUGCUAGCUAAGCUCAAAGAGCCCCCAAUGUCGUGCACGACCGACGCCGGAGAGUGGGUCGAGUCCACCGGGCAGGUUGUUAUCAUAGAAGGCUGCUUGCGCGCUGACAACAUCGACACAGCAGUGAUUCCACCAAUCCAGAAGUUGCUGGUCGGUAAUGGAGAGGCAGGGGAAGGCUUUUGCUGUGAUGAGUGUCUUGCUCUCUUCCAAGACCAGAGCGACUCGUUCAAGGCCGGCGGCCCAUCUUUUAUCCUUGACUUUCCCACAAGUGUGGGCGUCCCUGAGAGAGCGCUUUUCACGUUGCCCUACGGCCUGACAGUGGGCCGCUCUGGUAUUCCCGGCGCAGGUGUUGGGGUCAUCAAUCACGGCCCCCCACUCGCUCCCGGGAUGCAUUUCGGACCGUUUGAGGGUGUAGAGACGAGUGUGGAGAAUGCCAUCGCAAGUGACUUCUCCUGGGAGAUUUACAAAGGACAAGAUGUUUAUGAGUACAUUGAUGCCUCUUCAGAAACUCUGUCAAACUGGAUGAGGUAUGUCAACCGUGCUCGCAGCAGGGACGAGAGCAAUCUGCUGGCUGUGCAGUACAAAGGCAGCAUCCUGUACCACUGCUGCCGCAGCGUUCACGCCGGAGACGAGCUCCUGGUGUGGCCCAGCGGCAAGCUGCUCGCACGAUUUAGCGACGCCUGGACACAAAUGUGGCUGACCAAGCUCGAGAGUGCAGCAGAGAGUAUCUCCCCUGCGGCGUCUCAGGUCUUCGUGUGCGUCCAGUGUAAGCUGACCUUCACCACCGAGGCCUUCCUCCAGCGCCACGCCGACUGCUUCCACUCAAAUCGACAGCUGAAAUCGAACCCUGACGAAACCGAGACAGAAAAUCUUACCGCAGAUGCUGAGGUUUCCACUUCCGCCCUGACGCUGCUCCCAGACGAUGCAAUCACGUCGAUCGCCUGCUCCGACUGCGGUAGGACUUUCAAGAAGGCGUGGCACCUGAAGAGGCACAAGCUGUGUGUACAUGGCAACAGGCGUCCCUACUGCUGCCCGCUUUGCCGGCGUAGCUUCAGCCAGGCGUCGGCUUUUAUCCGACACCAGGUUGUUCACAGGAAGCCCGGCGGGACGAAUGUAGCGGAAAACACUGAGCGGGUUGAUGGGUCCCAAAAAGGCGCUUCCAACACGUCUGAUGUAACGACAAGCGAGGAGCUGGGUGAUGCAAAGGACAGGAUUGCAAGUGAGGCGGUAGAGCAGGAAGCGGACAAGCAGCCCCAUGUUUGCUCUGAGUGUGGGAAAAGUUUCUGUAACCAAUUGUCUCUCAAGAAGCACAAGAUGCUGGUGCACGACAUGUUUCGUCCAUACGUGUGCACUGUGUGCAAGCGGUGCUUCGGCCAGUACAGCGACCUCACCCGCCACCUGCAACGUCACCGUACGCGAUGCAAAGGCCGCCCGAGAGCGUGCCGUCUGUCUGGGGUGGCUGCCGAAAUGUCAAUUAGCUGUGCCGAGUGUUCACUCGCCUUCUCCACCGUGGACCUCCUCCAGCUGCACAUCAGCACCACUCACUCGGAGCAGAGCCGAGAGGGGAGCGAUCCCAAUUCUGUCCCGCAACCCUCUGAGGCGCCUGUCACAAGGCUUUCCUGUGUGAGGCCAAGGCGACACGUCUCCAAAUUGAAAAGUUCCCCCAUCAUCCAGCUCGUCGCUCCCAAGCGAAAAGCAAGCACGGACAGCAGCGAUAAGCUCCUGAAGCACAAAUGCUUCCGUUGUAACCACUGCAAUCAGAGCUAUGCCAAUCCAGAUGAGCUGCGGGCGCACAAGUGCAACCAGCAGCGGCACGUGUGCACACAUUGCGGCACGACCUUCGACAAGUCCGUCUUCCUGCGCCGUCACGAGGAGACCGUUCACCGUAGCACACCGCUGUGCCGCUGCGAGCACUGCGGCAAAGUCUUCGUUGAGUCCGGAGGCCUGAAGCAGCACCAGCACACCAACGCCUGCAGGAAGUACCAUUGCGCCACCGAGCUCUUCUCAUGUGCCCACUGCCAGUUCUCCUUCACCACCAAGAGUUUCCUGACCAAGCAUGUCCGCAGGCACCACCCAGCUGAGUACCUGGCCGACAGCCCGACAGAUCAGCCAGAGGUUGAGCAGGAUGCCAAGGUGUUUACGUGCCCCCACUGCGAUGCAGGCUACACCAAUGCCAAAGCCUUUAAAAGCCACUCCUGCUCUCUACAGGUGAAGGUCCUCUACUUCUGCACCGACUGCGGCAAGGGCUUCGGCAACCACUACACCCUCAAGCAGCAUCAGCGCACGCACACGGGCGAGAAGCCCUACUGCUGCCCGCACUGCGCAAAGGGCUUCGCUCACUCGGGCCAGCUCACCGUGCACCUACGCACGCACACGGGCGAGAAGCCCUACUUGUGCACACACUGCGGCGAGAGCUUCCGCCAGUCGGGCGACCUGAAGCGGCACGAGCGCAAGCACACGGGCGUGCGACCCUACGCGUGCGAACAAUGCUGCAAGAGCUUCAGCCGCUUGCAGAGCCUCAAGGCGCACCGCAUGCUGCACAUGGGACAGCGGAUAUUUACAUGCGGCUUGUGUGAGAAGAGCUUCUCCAGGAACUAUCAUCUGCGCAGGCACCACCGGAAGAAUCACACGUAAGAGAUUUCGUACGUUCAAGCAGCCUUUGUCCAGAUCUGCUUUUGAUGUUCAAUUCAGUUCAGUGCAUAUUCGGGAUACGCAUUACGUUGAGCACAACCGCCAAAGGUGCUGUUGAUUCCAUGUCAAAGUUGUUUGCUAUCUAAAGCAGUGAUUCCCAACUUGUAUGCCAUGAGUGAUCACAUGCAUGUGUACAUGUGCAGCGGGAGAUUAUCCAAUUUCACUGAAAUGGUCUGAAAAUUAUUUAUUACUACAAAUAAUGUAUCUUUGUUCAUCUAUCUAUACCAGCAAUGUAUCGUGACAAGCAAAAUACAAUUAAGUGCUCUUCCACUUGAUUGCAGAAUGUACAUAAUCCGCCUUUGGUAGAAAAUCAAGUGACUAUACCCUGAAAACAGGUUAGCUGCCAAACUAUGAUAACUACGGGCUGUGGCAUGAUGUUUUUUUUUGUUUAGUUUUUUACCGAAACUGGCGUCUUUGGACAUAAGUUAAAUGUGUAUUUUGUAUUUAUACAUGCAUAUGAUAUGACAUGAUAUACGUAAACACCAACAAAGCCAAAACAUUCGAGGUGGUCGUCGUCGAUAGCUUUUGGAGAUAUUUUGUGUAAAACAAAAGACAUUGUAGACAUUUAAAGUUCCUACAGGUGCUUUUUCCCGGUCUCCUGUAUGAAGGCGCAGGCCAGUUACCUGAGCAGGUAGGAAGUGCUUUGUCUCGUUCUGCUGAAUUGGUUGUGCAUAACUUCAGUUAACCUGUGUAUCCAGUUUUUGUGACAUUUUGAUUUGAUUGUGUGCCUUUAUAUUUUUUUGUAAUGAAAAAUAUAUACCUUUGCUCAAUAAAGUUGGGAAACAAUGCUUUAGACCAGUUUUUCACAACCUUUAUUAUAUAAAACAAUUUGUUUUAUAUACAAAAGAUCUCACGGCACAGCGCCAAAACAAAUUGUCACAAAAAGUGGAUACACAGGUUAAUUAUGUACAUUCUGCAGUCUAGUGGAAGAGCAUUUAAUUAUCUCUGUGGCUAUAACGUCGCUACAUCAGCUACGUGAACUACAUCCACGCAGACCUCUGCUAUCAGGUAGCAUUCUGUUCAAUACAUGCUGUUGCACACUUAAUUUUAAUAAAUGGUGUCAUGUUAGUUGUAUAUCGCUAUUUCAAGAACUCUGACAACGAGGUUGAAUAAUUUUGAAUGCCAUUUUCAAUAGUAUGCAAAAUAUUUAACGUUAAUUUUCUCGAUCAACCAAAUGGCCGUCCUUAGUGCACAGUUGAAAUAAAAACAAGCACUUUGUCCACCACUGUUGACCAUUUAAUCCACAAAACACAAUGCAAAGCAUGUGCACUGUACAUAUUAUUAUCAUCAUCAUUAUUAUUAUUAUUAUUAUUAGGAAAAAUACA